GAUGCUCCCUCCCAUGGUCACAAAGGCUGAUGGUCUUGUGCAACACUUUGGAAUUUGCUUUAGGGAAGGAAAGCCUGUCAUUGUGAGAGAACUAUUUGCCCAGUACGCUCAGAACGUCCUGACGAUGUCACUCUUCAAUUUGGAUAUCUGCAGGAAUGACAGAAGCCAGACCUUCUUCUAUUACUGGGAUCUCCUGCUGCAGGCCCACUGCAGAUAUUCCACCAUCUCUGUGACACUGAUGUUUCCUGUCUUAAUGCCUCUCCUUCGGAAGAUUAAAUUCCAUUUAUUUUGGAAGGAAGCCAUUGGUUACUUCACAAGUUUGGUCCGUCAAGCCCAAGAGAGGACGGAAGAUUUCAAGGAGGCACAAAAAUGUGGCAGUUUUCUUCAGUACCUGUUAGAUCAUGAGGAAACCAAGAUGAGCAAAGGAAAGAAAUCACGACUGACCUCUGCGACGUUGACUGAAGAAGAAGUUGUGGCCCAGACCUUAGGCUUUCUCCUCCGUGCCUACCAGGCGACAACCCACACACUGGAGUUUGCAGCAUAUUUGUUGGCCAGGCACCCCAGCAUCCAACACCAACUUCAGCAGGAGAUCCGCACGGCCAUCAAACAACAGGGUGUCACUUAUGAAAGCAUCGAAGGAAUGGAAUACCUUGACAUGGUCGUCAUGGAAACACUGCGGUUGUUCCCCCCUCUGGUUUGGUUGCAGAGAACCUGUCCAAAGCCGGUGGAGGUAUGCGAUCUGAGAAUUUCCAGAGGAAUCCGGGUCACGGUACCUGUCUGGGUGAUGCAUCACAGCAGGGAAUUUUGGGACCAUCCAUGCAGAUUUGACCCACUGAGGUUCACAAGAGAAGAGCGUGAUCUGCGUGACCCCCUGUGCUACUUACCCUUUGGCCUUGGCCCUUUCAGGGUUAUUGGGAGUGAGUUCAGCAUCAUGAUGAUGAAAGUGGCCUUAGCUUCAAUUCUCGAGCGUUAUCGAUUUACCUGGUGUUCACAAACCCCGAUGUACCUUGACAUUGAGACGCUGGGUGUGACCAGGUCUAAAAUACCCAUCACCCUGCAGAUAGACCUGUUGUAGCUCGAAGGAAAAGAAUCAUGUUGAGAUAUUUGUCGACUUUACUGUUCAAGUGAUGCUCAUGUUGGAGAGCUUGUGAGGACGUUUCAGAGUAAUUGUCACUCAAAGCAUUUCUUCAGUGAUGUGAGAUGGCAGUGAUUAUAUAUCUGCCCAUUUACAAGACUGACUGAGAGGCGUUAUACAGGAAGAAACUUAAAGCCAUUCCCAAAUGCAUGUUUCACUGUUUAGAACUAAAGUGUAGCAGCACACCUCCCACCCCCAUUCUCCCUGUGCAUCUGUUGUAUAUUUCUGACUAGAAUCUUGCA